AUGGUGGAUCAUUACCAAGUUCUAGGCGUGAAGAGAAGCGCGACGAAGCAAGAGGUCAAAGAUGCGUUUCGUAAAUUGGCGGUGAAGUACCAUCCGGACAAACACGCACAGUCACCGGAACACGUUCGGCGAAACGCAACCGUGCGGUUUAAGCUCGUGUCGGAAGCGUACGAGGUUUUGAACGAUGAUCGGAAACGCGCGUCUUAUAACGCAGUUAGUGAUUCCGGUUUAUUUCGCCGUACCGGUGGUUCGUAUAGUAAUCCGUACGGAAAUCGCAGUAGUGGCGGAGCCGGAGCGUAUGGGUAUGGUUAUGGUUAUUCGAGGAAUCGUCAAGCUUCUGGUUUUAGCAGUGGGUUUGAUUCGACGUUUCGUUACUUGACGACUCGUGCGUUUCUUCUGAAUCUCGCAUUAGCUGGUGGUAUGUACUUUGCGUUUACUGCGAUUGAUACAAGUGGAGAAACACUAUGGAAAAUGCGUAACUCAGGGAAAUCAUUCGAAGAAGCAAUGGAAUCGAUUGAGAAAACAAAGACACAUAAGGAUGAAGGGUAA